AUGUCCCAAUUAAAAAAAUUAAAAGAGAUGCGAGCCGCGGUCGAUUGGAAUUUAGUAAAGGAGCGACGUGAUCUUCUCUUUCGACUUUUUCACUUGACGAGCGACUGGAAGGUACAGCUUCCGAAUCUUCUAGAAGUUUUUCGUGCCGAAGAAAUUGACUGGCUUCUCAUGGAGGCCACCAAAAAUACGAAAGAUCCUUUUCAACUGCAACGAUUUAUCAAGUUUGUAGCUCGAACUGGCUUCAAGGACGAGCCGAAACUCGACGAGGCAGGCAAGCCAAUAUCUCGUCGCGUCACAGCAAUGCACAUCGCAGCUGCAUCCGGGUUGAACGUGAUUCGUGACCUUUUCGAAAUAUAUGACAGAUUUGACGUGAAUUUCAGCUGUGAACACGGAAUUACUCAUUUUCAUCUGGCUUGCGAGUUUGGCUUGGACGACGUGGUGAAGAAAUUCCUCGACCUUGGCCAGGAUCCCAAUCUCCUCGUGCAAAAUACAGGUGAUUCGCCGCUACACUUUGCUGCGGCAGUUAAUUACGACGACACAUCGAAGGUAAUCGAGUUGCUAUUGAGGAGAGGAGCCAAAUCAAAUUUAGCUAACAAGGCGGGACAGACUCCUCUGCACAAUUUUUCCAUACAUACCGAUGAUGAUCACGUUGACUUGGCCAAGUUUUUUUUCAAGAUCUGCGACGACUUACGGCAUAUGGUGCCGGUCGAUUUCAGGGACAAGUCGGGUAGGACGCCGCUGCACUUGGCUGUGAAAUACAGAAAUAAGAAGCUCGUCGCAUUGCUGCUGAAACGAAGCGCCAAUCCGAAUUUCAUCGAUCACGAGGGUUCAACUCCUCUGCACUAUAUUUGCGAGAAAGUCGACGACAAAGGUUUGGCGAAGAUGUUAUUCGAAUUCUGCGACGAAAAUAAUCAAAUGUUGCGGAUCGAUGAUCAGAACAAUUUGGGCAAUACACCAUUGCACGAGGCUCUCGAAUGCAGUGACAAGAAGAUGGUCGAAUUGCUAUUGAGAAGAGGCGCCAACCCCAAUAUAGCCAAUGCGAAAGGAUGGACCCCCCUGCACAUCAUACACAAGAGAGAUUACGGUCAAGGCCUAGCCGAGCUAUUCUUCACGACCUGCGACGAUCUAGGGCAGACAGUGCAGGUCGAUGCUCGGGACAAGGAAGGUAAUACGCCGUUGCACGAGGCAUUAAUAAACCGCAACAGACAUCAGGUCGAAUUGCUAGUGAAAAGAGGCGUGAAUCUAAAUAUAGCCAACAAUGAUGGAUCCACUCCUCUACACCUCAUUAGCGAGUAUGUCGACGACGAAGACGAUGAAUUGGUGGAGAUGUUCUUCGAGAUUUGGGACGAACAACAGCAUACGACGGCUCUUGAUGCCCGGGACCAGUUUGGCAACACACCGCUACUUUUGGCUUUGGAACGCAACAACAAUAAACUGGUCGAAUUGCUAUUGAGAAGAGGCGCUGAUCAAUGUUUAGCAAACAACGUCGGAGAUACUCCUCUACACCUUAUUAGCGAGUAUGUCAACGAUGAAGACGAUGAAUUGGUGGAGAUGUUUUUCGAGAUUUGGGACGAACGACAGCAAACGGGUCGAGUCGAUGUUCAGGACAAGGAGGGCUAUACACCGUUGCACGUUGCCGCGGAUUGGGUCAACAAAAAGGUAGUCGAAAAGCUUCUGAGAAGAGGCGCAAAUGCAAAUUUAGUCACCAAUUAUGGUUCGACUCCUCUGCUUUACAUUUGCCGCCACAGUGACGACGAAGACUUGGCGAAACUAUUCUUCGAUAUUUGCGACGAACGACAGUUGAAGGUUCAAGUCGACGCCGUGGACAAGUUAGGUAAUACACCAUUGCACUUGGUUUUCUACCCCCUCGAACGAUUUACCGGUAAUCCACAGUUGAUUGCAUUGCUUCUGGAAAGAGGCGCCGAUUCGAAUCUGGUUGACGAGGGAGGGAGGACACCACUGCACAUGAUUUGCAAGAUAGCCUCGAGUCGAGACGAGUUGUUGGUGAUGUUUCCUCGGCUGGCGCAGCUUGAUAUCGUGGACAAAUUGGGCCGGACACCUCUUCGAUGGGCCGUGGAAAAUCUGGUUCCUCGCGUGGUCGAUAUACUCUUGGAUCACGGGGCCGAUCUGUCGAGCUUCGUUUUCCCCAUCGCGAGUGAUUUCGCCGAGAAGUUGGAUACGCGAGUCUUCAGCAGUAUUUAUGCUAAUUUUAAAUUGAUAAUGGCGUCUAGUCUUCUGUCCAUCGCUGAAAAUCUUGAGCAAAGAGGAUACGAGUUUAGCCGAAGCGACGCCCUGACGAUCAUGAAAUUCUUCGCUGAACGAAAUUUGUUCGAGAAGCCGUCGAAUCUGGAUAAAUGUUGGUACGAGGACGAGGAGUUCGUGAGCAAAGCGAAAGAGAUUAUGAUAAGGUAUAACGACCCGAGUCUAUCGCUCUACGAGUGGAGCAAGUUAACACUCGAAGAGGAAGAAAAACUACUCACAUAUGAGGACUACUUUAAAUUUGCGAGAUUUAAUCAUCUUAGGAUACUUCCCGAAGAAGUUAAAGAGGCUUGUCAGUUGCGUCUGUGCGAGAUGAUGGCUAGAGGAUUUUUCCGGCGUUGGGCACUGGAUCCUUUUAUGAAUCUCAUACGCUGCCGACUGCCAAUUAUCUGCUGUGAACAGAUCCUUAGCAAGAUGAUGAACGAAGAUUUAUAUCAUAUUUGUGUGGUGCCGGUAGAAGCAGUUCGUCGAUAA